CUGCUGGCCAUUACGUUAUGCUUACUCCACGCACACACAGGCAGGCAGCUGGAGAGAGGGACGACGUAAUGGUUUGAUUCCCUGUGCAUUUGCGAUGGUCGUCGUCCUGACUUUACUCGGCAGAUUCCUCGAACGGGAGGUGCAAUGAAGGCAGGGGCCUCGUCCAUGUGGGCAUCAUGUUGUGGUCUGCUGAACGAGGUGAUGGGUACGGGCACAGUGCGGGCGCAGCAACCGGGGUUCGGCGCAGGGGCCGGGCCCUUCCGCUUCGCCCCCAGCGCCGGGUACUCCACCUACCCCCCCACCAGCUCAGGGGGUGCCGGACAGCUGUGCAAAGCCUGUGGACUGGCGUUCUCUGUCUUCAGACGCAAGCACAUCUGCUGUGACUGUAAGAAGAGUUUCUGCGCCCUGUGCUCGGUGCUGCAGGAGAACCUGCGCUGCUGCACCACCUGCCACCUUCUGCGUGGCACCGCCUUCCAGAGGCCUCGGCUCAUGCAGCUGAGAGUUAAAGACCUGCGCCAGUACUUGCUGCUGCGCAACAUCCCCACGGACACAUGCAGGGAGAAGGAGGACUUGGUGGACCUGGUGCUGUGUCAUCAAGGAACGAGGGAAACCCCGAGACCAUUGGUGGAGGAGGAGGACGAGGAGGAAGAGGAAGACGAAGAAGAGGACGAAGAGGAGGAGGAGGAGGAGGAGGAGGACACACAUGAAGAGGAGGAGGAGGAGGAGGAGGAGGGGGAGGAUGAAGGGGGGGAUGACGACACGGACAGUCUGCACUCACUCCCAAACUCGCAGGCUGCUUCGCCUCCCUCCGCCACACGCUCCGCCUCUGAACAGUCUGUGCUCUCCGCCUCUCAGGGAGACGUGCUCAGCCCCAGUGACAGCUCAGGGACCACCAGCCAGGAGCAUGAGGACACUCCCACUGCGUCCCUCUUGAACCUGGAGCCCACAGAAAAUAUGAUGGAGGUCAGUCCGGCAACGCAGAGGAGGAUCAGGGCUUCGCUGUCUGAUCUGGACAAUGAGGAGGCGAUAGAAAACCUCUCUGUCCGCCAGCUCAAAGAGAUCCUCGCCAGGAACUUUGUCAACUACUCCGGCUGCUGCGAGAAAUGGGAGCUGCUGGAGCGAGUGCAUCGACUGUACAGAGAAAACCAGCAGAACAGAAAGUCCAUGGAAAAUGUCAGCAUAACAGCAGUGGUUGCAUAUCCUCCACCUCUCUGCAACAGUGGUGUUGGAGAUGGGGUCAAAACUCAGCUGGCAGCAGAUGAAAACUUGUGUCGCAUCUGCAUGGAUGCCAUCAUCGACUGCGUGCUGCUGGAAUGUGGUCACAUGGUCACCUGCACCAAGUGUGGAAAAAGGAUGAGCGAGUGCCCCAUCUGCAGGCAGUACGUGGUGCGGGCCGUGCACGUCUUCAAGUCUUAAAACUCUGCGUGUGUCACUGUGUGUGUGUGCGGCGGGGAGGAGUUUCUCACUGAGGAUGAACUGCUGUGCAUGACGUCUGGCAGGGUCUAAUGCUGCAGCGGGUGCGCGCAACUUCCCCGGUCUCUGAAACCAGACUGUUGCCUCGUGCCCUCCACGGUUUCCUUCUCCUUUACUAACUCAUGUUCCCGCCCCACUUCUCCUCCUGCUGGACCGUCAUCAGCUGCACCAGGACCCUCUUUCUCAGCGGUGUGAUAACAUACCACAGCAGAAACGCCCUGCCAUCACUCCCUGCUCUCUGUUCUCUGUUUAGUUUCACUCACAGGAGAGGAGAGGAGAGGAGAGGAGGCGGUCCCAUGGACACUUGAAGAGGAUUGUUUGGGUUUUUCUGUGUGGUGGAGGGAGGCGGGGGGGGGAAAAAUAUAAGAUCCCAGGGUUAGAGUCAAUAUGGUUUACACAGUCAUGCCACAUGACACUGUGUAAUCUCCCUCAGUGUUCUUAAAGAUGUGCAAUAUCAGAAAAAAAGAGACUUACAUGUGUUUAUAAAAAUAAUCUUCUUUUUUCAUUUUUUUUUUUUUCAAUUAAAAUGCACCGAGUCAUCUGGUCUCACACACAAGAGGGUGUAAGGUGCCAAACGUCAUGCCUUUGAUCCAUAUUUGGUUUCACAACUUAUGCAUCCGUUUACCAGCAGGCUUGGUGUGGUAGUUUACUCUUUAGUUGUAUUUUAGGGAAGUGAAGUGUGUACAAAUAAAUAUUUGAGCAUAUUUGGGAAGGAUGUGAUUGUUUUUGGCAUUUCCUUCAAAAUAACGUGUGAGGAUGUGAUUUCUGCAGAAGAAAUGAGCAGUGGCAAUACAUUCCUUUGACAUCUAAAGAUGGGAGAGUUCAUUGAUACACACCUUUACAGCAGCAGUUGGACAAAACAAAAUCCAAACUCAAGGCUCUCCUGUACUUUUAACUCAUUAACUGUGUAUAAAGAUGGACGACAUGUCUCCACCUGCUCCUGUUGCACACAAGUGAAACCAAUUUCCCCUCUGGCUAUGGGGGCUCACAAUUAAGGCAUUUAGAGCAAGAGUCUGCAUAGUUGGACCCAUGUCCCCUCUGUCAACAUGGAGGAGGCGGGGUUUAUGCCCUUUACUGCAUGUCGUCCACUUUUAUAUACAAUCCAGGUUUUCAAACACAUGACUUCGGCUUCUCCAGCAGAGGGUGGUUGCCCGCUUUUUAAAUAGAAGGGUCAGCUAACAAUAGUUGUAUAUGAAUGAUUGCUGAACCAUCCUUUUUCAGAGGAAGACCAUGACGUGCAUCAGAUAAAAACUCAUAAGUUGACCUUCUUUUUUUUUUUUUUACAGACAGAUUCCUCUUUUAUUUUCUACAACAUCCACAAUGCAAUAGCAUUUUGUUUUAACUUGUACUGAGUGUCUUUCUGUGUUUGUGUGAUCGUUAAUGUGUGGAUGGUUAGGUAGGUAACGGGUGCUACUUCCUCUUUGUUCCAGUGUAACAUCGACAUAUCUUUUUGUAAAGUGGUCCAUCAUGCAGAGAGGUCGAGGACGCCUGGUUUACUUUAACCUGUUAUGCAAACUAAACACUUUACGUUUUCUUGUCUUGACAUCCAGUUAAGUCAGACGCCACUCAAAUAUCUGUGUGUACAGUAUGCCUGUGAUACGUUCAGUGAAUCGCAUAGAUUACUUAUAUUGUUGUUUACUGAUCAGUCAUUAAAUGUAUAUUUUUCCAUUUACUUGGGAGACAACAUGAUUUAAAAUUUAAAUUAUUAUUAUGAUGGAGGUUUUAAAAAAAUGAAGAAUAAGACAUUUUUCAGAAUGUAUUUCUGCUGGUUUGGGUCACAUGACUCCCUCAGCCCGCUGAUCGUGUCACUCUCUCACCAUGAAACCUGUGACAGUCAUGGUUUUGGUUUCAAGCGCUCUUUUUUUUUUUUUUGUCGUCGUCUGCUUCGGAUCCAAACAUGACCCAAACACCAUGCACUGUAAUAAACACUGUAACUCUGUAAGUCUGUGUGUUGAUGCUGCUGUUUUUAAAAAGAUGUCAUUCACAGGCAGCUACAGUAGAAUCAGUCGGAGGUCAUCCUGAGCACUCAUAAUCCUGGAUCUUUAUAUUUUGGAAUGUUUGAACCUUUUUAUUUUGGUAAAGAAGAGAAAAUGAUUUAUUAGAUUCAAUAAAAAGCAGUAUUACAAACCAGA